CCUUCAAUUCACCCAAUCGGUAGCGACAUCGUUUCAAGCGUGAUUUAUCCGGUUUAUUUACAUUUGUCAUUGACUUACCAUUCGGGUCGUGAAUGAACCAUGCUCUGAAUACGAAGUGAAGGUAGCGAGGCGGCACGAUGUUUGCUGUAUCUCGCUCGUCCUGGAACAAGGCGGUGUCCCUGGUGCUCAGAGUCUCACGCCACCGAUCUCCCAAAACAGGAUUCCGGGAGUUUGUUCAGGUUCCUCAUCUUCAAGAGCAGUUGCCAUUAACGUUUGCUACAGUAGCAGGCAGUGUCGCCAAAGAGGAAGCCGACAAACCUUACGGUGGCAACUGGGACACCAAGUUUGAAGCUCUCUGUAAAGCUGUGGUAAAGGGUGACCAAGGCCUUCUCGAUGACCGCUUGGUGAUACGUGGAUUGCAUCGCCUUCUCAAGAGCAACACCAAUCCCGAGUCCUAUGUGCUACACUGUUUCGAGCAACGGGUACUAUGGAGGUGCCGAAAGAUGCGCCUCCAUAAUCUCUGUUACUGCCUCUCGUACCAUGUUUCACACCAGGAAACGCCUCUUCAAAAGAAGGUAGUGGAAACAUUGUGCGAGGAAAUCCAAACGCGUGUGUCAUCCAUCGAGUCCGUCAAUGACGUUGUUCGGCUCUUGGAACUAUCUGAUCAUCUGGGAGGAGCCAAGUUCAUGCUCACAGUGCAAGACCGGGCUCUGCACCUUAUGAAUUCUUUCAAUCAGCAUGAGAUUUGUUUCUUGGUAGAAUCCCUCGCAAAACUCGGUCUACGUCCUACUCCUCUUUUGCAAGCUGCUGCGUUUUAUUUGGGAAAGAAAGGAGGGGAGCUUUCUUUGAAGGAUGCAGUGUCUCUCCUUAACGCCUUCAAAACUUUGAGCUUUCCUGACUUGGCUGUCCUGAGAUGGGUGUCUGAGGCUGUUGUAAGCGGUCUAGGAACCGCGGAAAAGCCGUCAUUGGUAGCUGCAUGUCUUACUUCUGUUGGACAGCUCAGGUGGAGGCAUCCAGAUCUCUUGGAGUCCUGUGCAUCCUGGAUCUUAUCGAAUGCAUCAGACUGCAGGCAACAGGAUGUUGCAGCUUGUCUGCUUGCUCUGGCCCGGGUGCAGUACAUGCCUGAAGACAGCCAUCGGCUGUUCACGCUCUUCACUGAACACCUAUGUGAAAGAAGCCUUGCUUCGAGCGCACCACUCGUGUGGUUAGACGUUGUUUGGUCUUUAGCCACACUCGGGAGGAUAGAAAGUCACCAUCUUGACUCUGUGUUCAAGCCGGAGUUCUACAAACCCUUGUUGGACGACAAGAGUUUCGCUGGAUGCACAGCACGACAAAAGCUCCUUAACCUGGCUGCAGUGAACGAUAUGGAAUUUCCGAAUAGGCCUCGUUUCCCAAAAGCUGUCCUGGACACUUUAAUGGAGAGCUGCAUGUCAUUUGAGGAAGGUCCGCUGCAGCGGUCAGUGAAAGAGGCAUUAGCGAACUUCGCUCCGUCUGGGAAGUACCUUCUUCCUAGUCCAGAACUUCCGUACAGGAUUCCCGCAGACGCAGAGAUAGUUGUGGACGAGAAUCUUCAUCCUGUGCCACUGGAAUCACCCAUGCAGCCAGAGCAUAAGAGAGUUGCGGUGGUUGUUCUAGACUUCAAGGACGUCACUCUGUACAGCUCAGUUCCAACAGGGUGCAACGCACUCCGGCUCCGACUGCUGAAGACGAUGGGCUACGCUGUACUAGAGGUCCAUCACACAGAAUACGACGACAAGGAACCUGUUCUGAAGAAAGUCAAGUAUUUACAGCGAAAACUUCAGAUGUGCGUUAAAAAUGUAGACUCGUUGUGAGUUCCAUGCUCCAGUAAUAAAGCGCAUUUAGGUGCGACCCACGGA